AUGAAGACCGAGACCCCGCCCGUCACCGUCACCUCUCGCCAGCGACCGGGUUCCGCCUGCGAGGAGUGUCGUCGACGGAAGGUCCGCUGUGACCGCCAACGACCACAGUGCCAGGUCUGCUACGAAGGCGGGCUCGACUGCAAGAUCAGCACAACGAGACUUCCUCGAGGGCCGCGGAAGGGCCAGCUACGGACACUGCGAACUCGCAUCGGUAGGUUGCUGAACGUGAAAUCCUCCAAGACUCUAGCUGAGCGAGUAGCCGCCCUCGAGCGCUGUCUGGCCGACCGGCAUCCCGAAAUAGAUCGGCAAAUGCACUCCCUGCUAGAGGGUGCGGGGGUCGAAUACGACUCGGAGGAUUCCAGUCGCGGUCAAAACCUGUCGAGGGACGGCACAGAAUCACCCAGAGACAGACGAGAAGGCACGAAAUCCCAGUUACACGAUUUUCCGCGAUCGGAACUCGUCACCGAGCUCAUGCGAGCUGACCUUGAUCAACUAUACUUCGAUCGCGUCCACCCGUUUGCCCCUAUAUUGCAGCGAUGGCGAUACCACGUUUGGUCCCAGCAGCAACAGAAGAGCGAUGGCCAGGCUUGUCUGCAGCACGCGAUGUGGACCGUCGCGGCCUCGCUUUCGGCGCAAUUUCGCUCCCUCCGCGACCCCCUCUACCAAGAAACAAGACGGAUGCUUGACAUGCUGGACUCCCAAAACUCAUACUCACGCCCAGACGCAAGCGGAGGCAUUGAGCACGCGCAGGCUUGGGUCUUGGUCUGCAUCUACGAAUACAUGCAGCUAUCACAGCUGCAAGCGUGGAUGAGUGCGGGCAGAUGCUGUCGUCUUGUGUUGGGUAUGCGAUUGUACGAGUUGGAUGAUCCGAACAGCCCGGUGAUGAUGGCAAAAGACCAGGAGACAUCGCUGAUUGACUGGACGGGACUUGAGGAACGACGACGGACCUUUUGGAUGGCCUAUUCGCUCGAUCGAUUCAUCAGUUUUCACAACGGCCUGCCCUUCACACUGAACGAACAAUUAAUCGCAACCCGUCUCCCUGGCCCGGAAGAAGAUUUCCAAGCUGGAAACCCCGUUGUAACCCAGUAUCUCCCUGAAGCAAUGACAAGGACGAGCAAUGACCCCAUCCAGCCCAUCUCGUCUUUCAGCGAGUGUAUCAUUCUCGCGACAAUAUGCGGGCGGGCUCUCGCACAUAGACAAAAGGUGGCGGUAGAGCAGCUGAGCAUCACCGGCGACGUUGCGACCUUUGAAGGUUUCUGGUCGCGACAUCAGUGGCUGCACGAGAUGCUUAAUUCCCGCAUCCGAAUGCUCUCGGCAUGCGCCCAGGUCGAUCCCAUGUUGAUGUUCGCUCGUAUCGUCGCCCAGACCAUGGUUCUUUUUCUGCAUAGCGUGCUUGAGUCGAUCACUUGGAAGACCGGCGAUCAUCUCCUAGGAAUAAUCGAGUAUGAGCGACUGUGCGUGAUGGCCGCACAAGAGGUGGUGAACCUGGUCAAGUUGCAAGGCCAGCUUGGAUACUUCAAGGUGCCUUAG